ACUUAACAGGUAGAUAAAUAUGGUUAUAUUUGUUUUGGGGUAUUAGCAGAAACCAGUUCAAUAUAUGUGCGAUUUGAAUCCGUGCGGCCGCCGUCCGUCCCAUCGGCCUCUGCAGCCGUUGUUGGGAGUGAGAUGAGAUUCCGGUGUUGAGUUCCCAGUGGCUGUCGAGAUGUGGGGUUGAGCUACCUGUCUGCCCACCUUCGGGAUCCCGUCGUGCGCCAUCCAGUCUCCCUCUCACCUGCUCCGGGCCGGCCACAAGCCGUUCAAGGCCGGCAUCGGGAUGACUGAUAUUCGCCAUUCCCUUUUGAGGCGAGAUGCUUUAAGUGCAGCAAAAGAACUCCUGUAUCAUUUGGACAUUUUCUUCAACAGCCAGCUGCAGAAUGUACCUGGUCCACUGGUUGACAAGUCCACCAUUGAACUGGUGGAGGAAUUUAUUUUUCAGCUUCCAAAAGAACGUAACACACAGCCAAAACGGUUAAGUUCAUUACAGGAGCUACAAUUGCUGGAGAUCAUGUGUAGUUACUUCCAAGAACAGAGUAAAGAUGCAGUUCGACAGAUCAUCUUCUCUGCACUGUUUGGUCCUCAGGGUAAUAAAGCUGAUGAAAAUAGACUGGCUAUGUUGGGAAAACUUGUAUCCAUGGCAGUAGCAAUUUGUCGUGUUCCCAUUUUGGAAUGUACUGCAUUAUGGUUGCAGCGAACGCAUGCGGUAUUCUGUGUGAAACUUGCAAAGGUACUUGUUGAGGAUUACUGCAUAUUGGUACCAGGAUCUGUGCAGACAUUAAAGCGAAUUGUUCAUGCCAGUCCACGGUUUUGCUGUCAGCUGAUCACUGCUGUCACUGCAUUAUAUGACCUUUCAACAGAUGAUCUGAUUCCUCCUCAAGAUUUACUGGAGAUGGUUGUAUCGUGGGUAUACGAAGAUCCACGGUUGACACUUAUUACAUUUUUGAACAGUGCCGCUAACCUGCCCCGUGGAUUUUUGGAACUAACACCACUUCCAGGCCUGAUACGAUGGUGUGUGCUUGCACCUUUGGCUUACAAAAAGAACUGUAACACUUCUUCAGCACAAUCCUUAGUGAAUGGGCAUACCAAUAAAGUAUGCAAGGAGGUUGAAAGUGAUGGAAACAAGGACUUCAAAAUCCUUUAUUCAAAGUUGCAUUUAAGUGUUCUUCAAGUUCUUAUGAUACUUCAAGGUCAUUUAACAGAAAAAAACUUGUAUGGACGAUUAGAACUCAUCUUGUUUGAUCAUGUAGAGCGGCUUGUUGGAGACAUUAACAAAUUAGUUAAAGAACUUAAUCCUUCAAAUCCUGUGAAGGAGGUUGAACUCACAUUGGAUAGAUUAGCUCAAGCUCUACAAGUUGGUAUUGCAUCAGGAGCACUAUUAUGUGCAAGAGAUGACUUGCGAUCCAUCUGCUCUGCACUUCCACAUAACAACUUGCUUCAGCUGGUUUUGACUGGACCAGUACAACAGUCUUCACACACUGCAUUGCCACCGGGAUUCUAUCCACAUAUACAUGCAUCACCCGCUCGAUAUCCCAUGUACUCAACUCAUCCAGUGCAGACAUAUAUGCCGGGUAUGGCUUUUUCAUAUAGACCAAUCCGAUGAAACAUUGACCAUUACAAAAAUUUGAUGGGAUACCUCUUGGAUAUGUAUAAUUUUGCAGUGAAACUAAUUGGGAAGAAUAGUUUCAGUACUUUUUUUUACUGAAAAUUUGUACUACCAGUGAAGAUAAAAUGAAUUGGUGGAAGCCUGCUGUGCAUUUUAUAUUUUCGUAAUGAAGUUUACCAAACUUUUACAUACAGCAGUAACAUGGUUAAGAUUUUUUCACAUUCACAAGACUACCACAGAUUUCAAAGCAGAAGAUUUUCUUAUGAAUUGAUUGUAUUCAUUUGUUAAUUAUCUGUAACUUAAUAUUGUUUGAGUAUGUUGUUAGAUUGACUUGUCUACAGAACCUUUUUUAUAAAGGGGUGUCUUUUUUAAAAAAAAACUUCUGUUACCUCCUCUGGUAGUUAUUCUUGGAUAAAACUCUGGUUUAUUCUGUAUAUUGUAUUAUAAAGCCAGCCUCUUUUAAAUAAUAAGUUUUAUUUCAAAUUUCCUUCAUUUUAUGAAGCCUCUGCAUUUUAAGAGAAUCCUUCAUGUAAGAGGUUUCAUCAAGAUUUGUAUUUUUCUUUAUUUGGAUCAAUGUGGAAGAAACUGCAUUUAAGAAGUCAUCAAUAUUUUCAAGAGUAAACAAAGGAGCAUUGUCACAUAAGAAUAACAGUUAAACUAUAUUCAAAUAUCUGUUGUAAAAGAUGGGACCAAUGUACAGAUUACAAAAAUGAAAUCAUUUUCAUCACUCAGGGAUUAUUACACUUCUCGUUCCAAUUCUAAAAAUUUUCCAUAUGACCAGUCAGUUUAGUUGAUGUUCAUAGUAGAAUGGAAAAAAAAGAUUAUGUAAGGUAUGAUAAUGUAUUUCUCUAACUAAAGAUCAAUUUUGGAGAUAAGUUCUGGACAGUCAUUGAAACUGCUGGCUGGACUCUGCAAUGUUUCAUUUGACAGAGGAUUUCUGCACUCAAAGCACAUCUUUUUCAAGGCCUUGAAGCACCAUAUUCCCUAUCUGUCUUGAUUCAAGCAAAAUACGUUACUUUUCGCUGAUUCUCUGAAGCAUCAGGGCCUUACAAAACUGUUCAUGUUGGCAAUUGGAUCUUCCUAUUCAAAGGCCCUUAUUAAUUACUUUAUUAAAAUUGCACCUAAGUGAAUACCAGCUGUGAUUUGGAAUAUUUUGGACAUCAUUACUGAGGUCUGGACCCUUCAUGAUUUUAAAUACUUCUCUUGCCUGUCAAAUGACUCUGUUCCAAGGAGAAUAACUGCAGCUUCAGUUUGACCAUGUACCUAACAGUCCCAUAUCUGUUGUGCUAUUAAAAAAAAGUCUUCCACAUUUUCUCUCAGCCUUUUAUGAAUUUCCAUAUAUAGGUUCCCAACAUGAGUUAAUGCUGCAGUUAUGGCUAAAUCACUGUUUUAUGAAUGAAAAUAAAUAAACUGCAGAUGCUAUGUGUUGAAAGAUAGAGGACGUUAUAAUAAAGUUUUUAAGUGUUAGUCCUGUCUUCCUGCUGUUGCACUCCACUCAAACAAGUGAACAGACUUCUAUCUCUAGCACACCUCCCCCUCCCCCACCAGUGCCUUGAUGUUUGCUGUUCUAGCCAUUGUAUUAUUUCACGAUUACAUUGUAUUUGUGUAUAUAUCAGUCAAUUUAUGUAAUUGCCCCAGCAAUAAGGUGAGAUGAACUAGCUAAGCUGAAAUAGCAGAAACAAAUUGGUAUUAUUUGUCAUGUUAGGUCACUUCAUUGUAGAAGGAGAAAUAUCAUAUAGCUGACCUGUUUGAACUAAAGUUAGUAGUUUACUGAAAAACAUUGCCCUGCAGAUCACCUGCGCUUAGUCUGCAGAGGUGACUCUUGAGUUCCCUGUUGCAUGCCAUUUAAAAUUCUCAAUCUCACUCCCAUUCCAAUUUAUUUGGAGCCUCAUAGUGAAGCCCAAUGUAAACUAGAAGACCAAUGUCUUAGCAACCUUUCGAAAUAAACAUUUAAGUUUCUAUAUUUAGGCAGAAGGCUCUCUCAACACUGAUCCUUACAUGUUUGUGCUCUUGUCUCAACCUGUUUAUACUCGUGCUCCCACUCAUCUGAUUUGUUUUAAGCUAUCUUCAAAUUUGUCUAUCUCUUUUGUCUUAAAAUUUGUCCCUUCCACUCCAUGUCCCAGCUUUGCUUUGCAAACUUAACUCCACACACAGCUGGGGGCAGCAUGGAAGCAUUGUGGUUAGCACUUUGCUUUCCAGUACCAGUGAUUCUGGUUCAAGUCCCGCAGCUGCCUGUAAGGAGCUUGUACAUCGUCGUCUUCUGUGUGGAUUUCCUCCGGGUGCUCCAGUUUCCUCCAGUUGGUAGGGUUAAUUGGUCAUUGUAAAUUGUCCUGUAAUUAGGCUAGGAUUAAAUUGUAGGAUUGCUGGGUGGUGCAGCUGGAAGGGCCCACUCCACAUUGUAUGUCAAUAGUUACACACUGUAGAAGGGUCAUUAAUCUGAAAUGUUAACUGGUUGCUUAUUACAUGUCAGCUCAUUGACUACUUUAUUUAAUGUCCAUUUUGCAAACUGAUGAUCCAUCUAAAAUUUUUUUAA